AUGUCUGGAGUCACCGAGCGCAUGAUCGUUCCUGUCAAGGGCACUGUAGAUGACUGGAAGGAGCCUCUGAAGGCCUACCUUCUUGCGCUGAAGACCCAUGACGACUACCUCCGCACCCGCUGGGGACCUUGGACUGAGAAUGAGCAGAUGCUCGACGUCAUUUCCGGAUGGAAGACAAGGGAAGCCCGCGAUGAGUUCUUCGCUUCUGCCGAGGGCAAGGCCGCUCUGGAUAACUUCAAAACGGCUACGAACGGCGAUAUCAAGUCAUACUUCAUCAAGUUCGUGCCUUACGCGCCGCGGGGUGCUAUCGACUCUCCCAUCGCAGAGGUCAUCACCAUCAGCGGCUCAUCAGCCUCGGAGGAUGACAUGAGGGCCCAGAUCGACAAGUCUCGCAGCGUUCCGGGACUCAACGAUCUUGCCAGUGGUCUGUCUGUUGAGGACGUUGAUGGGGGUAAGGUCUUCGUUGCGGCCUUGGGAUGGGAUAGUGUCGAGAAGAGCAGAGCUGCGGACAAGUCUGCUUACAUCCCUUCUUCGGGCAAGGUCGAGUCUCAUCAUGUCAACUUCCACUACCCAAUCAAGGGUUUCUCUGUCACCAACACCCACUAA